UCUCCUUAAGCUGUUGUUUUUGUCAGUAGUUCUCAAAUAAUUGAGGCAGAUCGGACCGGAAACGUAAAAUAUCUCGAUUAGUGUUACUGUUUGAACCUAACUUCAACGUUAAAAUAAACCAUGGUCCUGGGUGACGUAGACGUCGAGGAUGCGCGCGCAUCUUGGCAACGGAAGUCGAGUUUUGUUUUCUUCCUUAACUUCCUUAACAAAUGCUAAACACUUAAGCAACACGUUUAAAGCAAAAUGUCGGCUUGUUGCGUGGUUGGUUGUAAAAGUCGACAUUCGACAGGCAGCAGCCUCAAAUUUUACAGGAUACCGUCCGGGUCUCGGCCGUUUCAAGCCAACCGGAGACGUUUAUGGCUGCAAGUAAUACAACAAGCGAACGGCAGCACCGAGAAGCUCAAACUACAUGCUCGUAUUUGUGGCGCUCAUUUCAUAUCAGGAGAAGCGUCUAUGGAUCACGACAAUCCUGACUUUGUGCCUUCGGUGUUUACACGCGUUAAAGAGAGUCCCAAGAAAAAAAGGAAAUGGUUUUACGGUUGUAGAAAAAGUCGCCGCCGUACAGUCAAUGCAGCAGAACAAACAACUCCACCUAGAUCUGAUUCUCCUGACGACCUCCCGUCCUCGCUUUUAAAGGAAAAUGAAAUUGAACAUUCAGAAGAAAUGCAAACACCACCAAGGCCAUCACUGCCAGAGGAAGGGAAAAUUAUCUUAUCUGAUGAGGUUGAACCGUUAUCUGAAGAGGCUGACAAAACGACCAACCAAACCAAACUCCUACCAUCUGAACCACCUGCAGGCCUCUCAGAGCUUGGCAAAAUGAAUCCUGUUGUCCUCCUAAAAUCUGUAAUAGCGCACACAGGUGGCUACCUCUGUGAGGUUUGUAACCAGAUAUUUGCUACUGUGUCCCAGCUUCUAAAACACAGGCAACUGCAUGAAGAUCUGACGUGUGACAUUUGUGGAAAGUGUUUCACGAGUCACGCUGAUUUCACCAAACACCACUGUCCUCAUGAGCCUUCCUUUCCGUGUAACAUGUGCGAUCGAUCUUUUGCCACCAUCCACCGCCUCAAGCGGCACAAACUGCUCCACGUCAAAGAUGGCAGGAAGUGCAUCUGGUGUGGCAUGCUGUUCUGCCAGCGCCACAAACACAUUUUAUAUCUGCCUCAAGCUGAAGCUAAUGCAAAGUCUGAGGAUGAGUCUUUCAUCGCUGAACCUCAGUUGAAUGAGCUGGAGCCAAGCGAGCUGGAGCAAAGCAUUGUGAUGGAAAUGCUUGACAACUCUCAGAGCUCAGAAACUGUUACACCUCAAAUGACUUCUUCUCUACCAACAGUUAAACCUACCUCCCCUGUCCUUGGAGUUUUAUCUAACAACUCUAAGAUGCCACCUCCAGCCUCACACACAAGAAUCUCAUCAGAAUUCCCCGUGUUGAUGCCGACGGAAACCUCUCUUAUGCCCUGUCCACCCUCUCCAAAACUCAGAUACUCAAGGAAACCAGGUACCAUAUUUCAGCUCAAGCCAGUGCCUGACUACCCUGCCAAUUUUGUUCAGCCCCAUCUCCCGCAACAUCCACAGCUGCCAUCAUCACUGACGAUCUUUUCACCUCAGGUCCUCACAUCAGCGCUACUUGAGGUUAAAAGAAAUUAUGAAUACAUUUUAAAGAGGCAAAACUCGGUUCGUCCGUCUGUUAAGAUUGUAAAUACUGUGAAGGAGGAACCGUGUGAGCCGCUGAUGAUUUCUCCAAACAAGGACAGGGUCAAACAAGAAGAAAGUGGGAGGAUUGCCUAUGACCUUGAGAUCGAGAUUGAAGCUGAGGACCAAUCCUGUACUUCAGCUACAGUUUAACCUUACCCUCAGACUUGCAUGUCUUUCACACUUCACUACUAAACUAGGAAUGGUUCUUUGUAUCAACAAGUUUAUAAGCUGUUCUGUAAAUAUUCCUCAAAUAUAAGCUUGUUUUACUAUUAUGCUUCUGCUGCCUUUGGGGCACGAAGCACAUGUUUUGCUUACUCUUUCGUUAGUUAGGCCUAACUUUGUAGAGCACAUUGAUUUAUUUAGUUUAACCUGUAUUGCUGCUAUUUUCUUUUUUUUACUGUGAGACAUUAAGGUUGUAUAAAUAUUGUUUACGUCGAAUGUAACUGACCUGGAUUGUAAAAUUGCACCCGAUGGCAUUUGAGCUGCACACUAUAUUCUGUACUUGGCAAUUUGUGAGGUAAUAAUCCCUUUUAGUGUGUGAGGGGAUGAACUGUUCUCCAAACAGGACCAAUAAUAUUAUCCCGACAGCCAGGUAAGAAUUACCACUGGAUUCAGUUUUCUAAUCUACCUCUGCUAAGUGGAAACACGGAGAUUGUUUGUUUUAUACUACAGAAAUAUACUGUAUUUGAACAGAAUGUGCAUUAUUGUCUUUCCACACGUGCUCAAAUGUAGCUGUUCCAGCAAAUGAGCUGGCUUGUGUGUGUAUCUAGCAGUGGCAGAAGGCAGGGUGAUAAGCUACCAUUUAGAGACAUGUUUUUCCCAGUACAACAAGUGUCUAACCUGCUACACUGUUAGCAAGCAGCACACUAGCUCUCUGCUGGCUGCAGGGCAGCUGAUCUGCAGCCUAGAAUCUCUGAUGAGACACGUGUCAAACAUACUACACUGGAUUGCAUUCACUUUAGUGUGUGCAGCUUUGGAUGCAACACAGUGACCUACUCUUGAGUUUUUAAAUAGCUUUUAAACCAACAAAAUGAUAUCAAGAUUGAGAAUGGUGUUUUUGUAUGUUGACUGUCGGUGAAUUUGUCUAAAAUACUUCGUCCUCCGAGGUUGAGGACACCUUAAACUACAAAGGCACUGCAUUUGUGACGGCAACAGGGCAUCACGAGGGAUGAAAGAAAUAAACAGUACACCAGGCGUUACGUCUGACAUAUAGUCCUUACAUAACAUUUGAUGAAAUAACCACACUAUAUGUCUUGAGAUCUGUCCUGGUGGUGGCACUAUUGUUAAAUUGACCCCAAAAGUGUCUGCCUGCUUUUCCUGGACUCAUCCUAUCAGAGUGUCAUCUUGAAUUAAUAUCACUGGUUUGUUCCGUGAGCUGCGAUACAGUCUGACUGCACAAAAAAGGACAACGGCGCAAUGACGAAAGGCACGUCCGUCCUUUCAUUUGCUGGCUUUACUGUUAACCAAAACAUAGAUGUCAAAGUACCUUUUACUCCCAAAUGCCGCAUAGCACUACUGCUUAAUAAUACAACCUGUGCAGUGAAAUGCUUCUUUGGUUGUGAAGAUGAAUAAUGGAAGAAAUAAAUUUUCAGUCAAGGUCUUAAUCAUAAGGCUUUUAUAGAAACAACCAUUGCCAGGUUGAGAUAAAUCUCUCUGGUGUUUUUAACCUGUCAGCGCCUUGGUGAAAUGAAUUGAUUAAUCAUUUAUUGCCUCUCACAACUGCUGACUUGAUGGGUCGUUGUAGACUCUGAGGCAGAGACCGUGGCAGGGUUGGUGCUUUGAUCCCCGGCUUUCUACCGCAUGCUGAAGUGUCCUGAUGUGUGACAGGAGUGGUUGGUGAAUGAGAGACACAAUGGUGCAGUAACUUGUCAAUGUUUAAAGUACAGUGCAUUAAUACACGUACAGUAGCUGCGGAUCAGAUGGGUUAUUAUUGUUAUUGUUAAGAGUAGUCGUUGUACUUUAUGUGUGACUUUGCAUAAUUGUACUGUAUAAGUGAUUAGUUAUUAAAUAAUAAGAUCCUGUUAUGAAGGUCAUUAGUUCCUCGUUGGAUAGUGGAAACAUUUCCCUUUAUUUGUAUGGAGCAAAUAAACUGAGAAGCGUUGCAUUGAUGCAAUCAAAUGGGAUAGGUUAAAUGAAAACGACUGAAUCUAUUAUCAAACUACAAAAGCAAAGUUAAAUUGAUUUUAUAACUCAUAUCCGGACGGCAUUCCCCCGAAGCCUGCUGCACCACAUCCAUCCAUCCGUCCAUCUAUCCGUCUGCACGCUGUACACGUCUCAUUGGUCCGGACUCACCGGCGGCGGUGGGCGACGGUUCUGAUUGGACGUGUCGGCCGUCAUCCAAGCCCAGCGACAGCAGCGAUUGGCUCGCGUCCCGAAACCCCAAACACGAUUGGUCGACGCGUCUUCGCGUAGCUUCGUAGAUGGCAGGCCAGUGGUGCUGAUGCUGUGACAAUGGGAGUCAUCCAGAUAUGCAUCAUCUGGACCGAGUUUGCUUAAAACACAGCGGCUGACCGGAAAGGGGACGGAGAAGCAGCUGAGCGGAGACACGGGGACAAAUCUGCUGCUGCUGCUCUGAUAGGUCUAGUGAUGGGAGCGUUCAGCCGACAGAAGUUUUUCCAGGAGCUUGCUCAUGGCUGCCUGCUGCCCACCGCUCAGCAGGGCCUGGAGCAAGUAUGGCAGCUGCUGGUUAUCUGCCUGCUGUGUCGGCUUCUCUGGAUGUUGGGUCUCCCGUCUUUUGUGAAACACCUGGGCACAAUGGCCGGAGGUUUCUACACCCUCUACCUGUUCUUUGAGCUCCACAUGAUCUGGGUGGUGCUUCUCAGCCUCCUGUGCUACCUCUUCCUCUUCCUGUGCCGUCAUUCUACCAUCAGAGGCACCUUCCUCUCCAUCACCGUGCUCAUCUACCUGCUCCUGGGAGAGCUGCAUAUGAUGGAUACCACCAACUGGCACAAGAUGAGAGGUUCACAGAUGGUGGUUGCCAUGAAGGCCAUCUCUUUGGCCUUCGACUUGGACAGAGGUGUCGUGGCCAGCGUGCCCUCCCCCAUUGAGUUCAUGGGCUACAUCUACUUUGUGGGCACGGUCAUCUUCGGCCCCUGGAUCAGCUUCAACAGCUACAAAGAGGCUUUAGAAGGACGUAAGCUGAGUUUUUCGUGGCUUUUCAAAGUGUCUGUUAGCUGGGUGAAGAGCCAGAUCUGCCUCGUGAUUUCUAACUGCGUGGCGCCCUACCUCUUCCCUUAUUUCAUCCCCGUCUAUGGGGACAAGCUGCUACGAAGCAAAAAGAGGAGAAAGAUCAGAGGCACAGUGGCAAAGUGGUUGCUGGCGUAUGAGAACACAAUGUCGUUCCACUUCAGCAAUUAUUUUGUUGGCUACUUGAGCGAGACUACUACUACUCUCGCCGGGGCCGGCUUCACGGAAGAGAAGGAAAACCUCAAAUGGGAUAUGACCGUAUCCAAGCCCCUCAGUAUAGAGUUUCCUCGGUCGAUGGUGGAGGUGGUGACGUCGUGGAACCUGCCCAUGUCUCGCUUUCUGCACACCUAUGUGUUCAAGAGCGCGCUCAGAUUCGGCACGUUCUCCGCCAUCAUGGUGACGUACACAGCCAGCGCCCUUCUGCAUGGUUUGAGUUUUCAUCUGGGUGCAGUGCUCAUAUCUCUGGGGUUCAUCACGUACAUCGAGCAUGUCUUGCGGAAGAGACUUGCAGCCAUUUUUAACGCCUGUAUUCUGUCAAAGAAGUGUCAGCCGAACUGCACUCACCAGAACAAAAAGGAGCUAUGGGUGUACAUCAUUAACGUAGCAUUCAGUGCUUUAGCAAUACUCCACUUGACGUACCUGGGCUCCGUGUUCAACUCCAGUGUGGACUACAUGGAGGAGGAUGAGGACGACAUCACCCAUCAUACCAUUCAGAAGUGGUCAGAGCUGAGCUGGACCAGCCACUGGGUCACGUUUGGAUGCUGGAUAUUUUAUCGCCUCAUCCUCUAAUAACAGGAGGGGGCAAAGAAAGAGUGAAGGAAGCAAUAAUGUGUGAUGUGAAGCCGAUUCUCCUCUUCUGCACUGUGACUUUAUCCGUCAUCGGACCGAAGAGAACAGAAUCAACCUGUACGCAACAAUAAACCGGCACUCAGUGUUCAGGUCGCGCCGCAUGUUGGCUGGGUAAUCUAUUAUUCUAACCUGCUGGGGACUAGUUUUGAUAUCCAUGAAACGAUAGCCUGCCUCUCCGUACUUGCCCCCAUAACGCAUCCUUUUUGUCUGAGCCGCAGUUGUCGAGCCCUCAUGUCGUGACAGCAGUUACCAGCGUCUCACUGUGAGUCACAAUCAAUACCUAUCAGCAUGGCGGAGAUCGGCUGCUCUUUUCUGCACACACACACACACACACACACACGAUAGAGCCCAUUAUCUAGGUUUCCAAUGCAGCAGAUGUCCUCCAGAUGUGUUUUCCCCUUCACCUCAAGUGUUUUACAUCAUAGUUUUAGGUCUGACGGAAAAAAAAAUGGUGGUAUUCUGUAGUCUUCUUAUAGUCAGCAAAUCCCAUGAAAUGACCCAAAUCAAUAAUGCAAUACUUUCUGUUAUCCCAGCUCGUCUGUCUGUGGCUUUUUACCUGAGGCUCUGUAUGCUUUGAUUUUUAGGGAAAGGCUAAAAGAUCCUAAAGUGGCUGUGGAUUAUUUUGAGUUGAGUCCUUAAUAACAUAGAUGAUGGUGGAUAGUAGAUCCAGUUCACUGUUUUUUAGUCUUCUCAUGGGAUUUGUUGGAAGUGAGAAAUAUGUUCAAUGCACCCUUUGACAGGAUUCGUCUCUUGAGCAUGCGUAAGACAACAAAGGUUUACUUUUGAAUUGAAGAGCACAGGUUAGGGUUAUGAGGCGGCGAUCUUACGGUCAGGAGUAAAGAUUUCCCCCUUUAGUGACUUUUAGAUAAAGAAAAUUAUUCAGUAAGUCAAUGAAUUUUUCAUUUUUGUGGUGGAGUUUUUUUUAAAUGGUGUUUGUAUUAUAUUUUGUGUUACAUUGAUACUUCCCCUAAAUCUAAUUAUUUACUCAGAGAGGUUCUUAAUAGUAUUUAAAACUUUUUUUCCUCUGAAAAUAAAAGUUUAGAAUCAGGGUACUACUGUUGAGUGUAAAUGUUUAAACUUCUCUUUCAGUUUUAUAUUGCAGACUUCAAUUGAACUUAUGCAGUACGCUGCAGUGUUUAAAUAUUCAUCCUUGAGUACAGAUUUCUACUACAUAACUUCUUUAAUUAUUCCUUUAUGUAAGUCAUGAUCCCGUGAUGGAUGAGCGUGAGCAUCAGAUCGUGAUCAUAUUCUGUCUGUAUCUUUCUCGGAGAUACUUGGACGACAAAGGAUUUGCUUCUUGACUAAGAUGUGGUGUUAGAUUAGAGCCUGAAUGUUCCUUCACGCCUGAGAGGAAGCGCUCAGUCCCUGCAGGCCCAAUCAGUACAGCAAAUAUUUUAAAUAUUUCUCCGAUAUUUAUAUUAGGUUUCGUCCCUGUAAAUGUGAAGGCACUGAUACACCUGUGAUAUUUUUAUAAAAUUUUACAUGAAACCUGGAAUGCUGUCUUUGUUUAAUUCGAUGUGAACAUUUCUGAGAUGGAAGAGGUGAGGUAAGAAUAAAAUUCGGAUGCACAUGGACUGCUGUAAGAAAUAAUUUAUUUGAAUCAUUAUUUACAAAAAGAGUGUAUUUACUGUUAAUUGUGGAGUGAGAGUGAGAUGAGGAAGGAUUUGAACAGUUUUUUUUGUGUGUGUGCGUGUGUGUUUUUUUUGCUCAAAGCCAUGAUCCACGUCUAACCUGGAUUCUAUUCCCGAGCAUCCAAUAAGCGAAAGAGGACAGUGUGGGGAAGGGGACAGAGAAAGGUUGAGAAGGGAGGGGCAGGAACAGAGGUUGAACAACA